AUGACAGGGUUCACCCAGUGGGGAUUGCGCUCUCAUCUUCAGCAAUCAUUGAACCCACUCUGUCAAGACUAUCACUCGGAACACGAGCAAGGGGCAGCAGGAGUGUCAAGUGCCUCAGAAGAUGAAUAUGUGGGCCCAGGGACACGACAACACAGUCACAGUAGCCCUCCCGUCCUUGCUUUCCAGGGUGAUGCCUUCGGAUCGGCUGAUGAUUACCUCAAUGAUGACCUCGGUCAGGACGUCGAAAUGUCAGUUGUGGAUUUGGAUGCAGGAGCCAGGGGAUUUGACGGGCCUACUGGCUCUGCCGGAGAUAGUGAUUCUGAGCACCUGGAUGAGCUUAUCAAGGCAGAGAUGGUGGCUGAGCUCGAGGCAGGAUGGGAACCACAACGUGAAGGAGCACCUGUGGAUCAUCCAGACGAUGUGGAUAUGGUUGAGCAGGAUGGUGGAGAAGAGGAUGUUUGCAUGCCCAUUGACCCAGAAGAUAUGGGUGUCAACUUGGAUGCUCCAUGUUGGGUGGUUGAGAAAUUGCUGAUUGAUGAGGGUCAUGGUGUCAAGCCCAAGGUCGUUGUUCGCUACUCGGAGAAGUACCCUUCCUCAAAGGCUGGCGCUGCCAUGAAAGAGCCGAACAAGCAUCAAGCUGUGGACACCUUUUAUCAGGCUGCGAUUGCAGGUUCGGACACCAAUCUGUAUGCCCCGUUCGCCUCACGGAUCGAUUAG